CUGCCAGUGCCAUGCGCACAACGGCUGGUCGGUGGCUGCAGCCAUGAACAGUGGCAUCUGCAGCCACAGGUGAGUGGCCGAUUGUUGAGGCUGCCACCGGAAACGCCACUGCUAGUUGAGCGGUUGUUGUCAAGAGCGCGAGUACAGAGCAGAACGCGAGUGCAGAGAAGAGCGCACAUUGAGAAACGGCCUCAGGGCUCGCUUUAUUCCCGUGAAAAACGGAGCGCGUACACAGUCACACUUUUUCUUCUCGCGUUCCUCGCCCUUGUUUUGUAAAAUGCCGUCAUCCGAUUGAAUCCGCCGACCACGUAUUGACGGCGAUCACUCUCAAGCGUUGCCUUCGCUGGCUUUCGUCGCCAGUACGAGAUCAGGUUCCCCGUCCUCGGUAUGGAGUCCUCCGGGGCCGUCGUGAACGUCCUGCUGGGCUGGCCUCGCAUGCAUCACUUGUUCGCACUGCUCUGUCUCGCCGCCGUUGUUUAUAAGUUCACCGUCCUGUUGGUCAAGAGAAGGGCUGCGUUCCGCAGCUGCGAGGCCUUCCCGGGACCCCCGGCGCACUGGCUGUUUGGACACGUUAUGGAGUUUAAACAAGACGGGACAGACUUUGAGAAGAUCCUGAAGUGGGCACAGCAGUACCCGUAUGCUUUCCCGCUGUGGUUUGGUCCCUUUAUUUGUUUCGUCAAUAUUCACCACCCAGAUUAUGUAAAAACCUUAUUGACAUCAACAGAACCUAAAGAUGACCUGGCUUAUAGGUUUAUUACAUCUUGGAUUGGGGAAGGUUUACUGGUGUCAAAGGGUCAGAGGUGGUUUCGCCACAGACGGCUCUUGACGCCGGGUUUUCAUUAUGAUGUCCUGAAACAAUACGUGAAAUUGAUGUCAGAUUCUGCCGAAAUUAUGUUGGACAAAUGGGAAAGUUUUGCAUACACCAACCAGUCCUUUGAAUUGUUUGAACAAGUGAGCCUGAUGACACUGGACAGCAUCUUGAAAUGUGCAUUCAGCUACAACAGCAACUGUCAGACUGAGGGUGGCACAAAUGCAUACAUCAAAGCAGUGUACGAACUCAGUGAUCUUGUUAACCUGCGGGUGAGAACAUUUCCUUACCACAACGACCUUAUUUUCUACUUAAGCCCACAUGGCUUUAGAUACAGGAAAGCGUGCAGGGUUGCUCACAGUCACACAGAGAAAGUUAUAAGAAAGAGGAAAGAAGCCCUAAAGGAGGAGAAGGAGAGGGAACGCAUACAGGCCAAGAGGAACAUGGACUUCCUGGACAUCCUUCUCUCAGCAAGAGAUGAGAGUCAGCAAGGUCUGUCAGAUGAAGACUUACGAGCAGAGGUGGACACCUUCAUGUUUGAGGGCCAUGACACCACAGCCAGCAGCCUCGGUUUCAUCCUCUACUGUCUUGCCUGCCACCCAGAACACCAGAAGAUGUGCAGGGACGAGAUCAUUGAUGUCCUGCAUGGCAAGGACUCCAUUGAGUGGGAGGAUCUGAAUAAAAUUCCAUACACUACAAUGUGCAUAAAAGAAUCACUUCGUCUUUACCCUCCUGUACCAGGAAUAGCCAGACAAAUCACCAAACCCAUGACCUUUUUUGAUGGGAGGACUCUGCCUGCAGGUUUUCGUGUUGGAACAAGUGUGUAUGGGAUUCACAGGAAUGCAGCUGUGUGGGAAAAUCCUAAUGUCUUCGACCCACUGCGCUUCCUGCCGGAGAAUGUCUCCAAGAGGUCACCUCACGCAUACGUGCCCUUCUCAUCUGGGCCGAGAAACUGCAUUGGUCAGAACUUUGCCAUGAAUGAGAUGAAAGUGGUGACAGCCCUGACACUGAAGAGAUAUCAGCUGAGUGAGGACCCCACUUGCAAACCCAAGAUUAUUCCCAGACUUGUGCUCCGCUCACUCAAUGGCAUUCACAUAAAAAUCAAACCCGCAGACCCUCAAGAGUAAAGGGAAAUAAUAACUUUUUUAGUAGCGGAUGACAGUUGAGCCAUGGCCAGGUCAAACAAAUUAAAGGUUCUACUGACCUUUAAAGAUUUUAUGAUUUGUAUAAAAUGUCCUAUAGGACCUGAUUUGUCAGUUCCCCAUGAACUAAUUUGAAGCAGAUCCAAUGUACUAAUGAUACGUCUGUUGACUUCCAGAAUUAAGUCUUGGGUAGCUGAAAACAAACAACAUGCUGGUUAACCAUCCCACGGGGCGUUGAAUCAGCUUGUGCUUGUGAAUCUUCUGCUCUUGGGUAUAUUUGAGAGAUUAGCCUGUCUAAAUUCCCCAACUCUUUGCAUGCGACCAGUGGCUGUUUGACAGCGUUGAGAAUGGAGAUGGAAUGUGAAAGGAAGAUGUUUAUAUAUUAAAAUAAUAAAAAGGCCACGCUGUUAAAAAAAGAUAGGAAAGAGACACCAUUGGAUAUUAAAGGGAAGUUUCAGCUCAGUCGCUGGACAUGUUGGCAGGCAACAGAGGAGCACGGUGAGGAGAAGUGGCUGACGGUGGAGUGGAGUGCAUUCACACCGUCUUGACUAACUAAGGAAGAUCGUGGAUAGCGCUGGAUUGCUUCAUCAAGCUUCUAUUUUGGUACUUCUGCUGACUGGUUAAGUAAAUAUUUAGUUUCAACCGUCACAUUUACAUUUAACAUUUAAAAUUUAGAUUGAGAUUUAACAUUGACGUUAUAUUUUCACAAGAAAAUUAAAUAUCACAAGUUCACAAAUAGGCUGCACGGUGGCGUAGUGGUUAGCCCCUUUCGCCUCACAGCAAGAAGGUUCUGGGUUCGAGUCCCUGUUCAAACCAACCAGGGCCUUUCUGUGUCACUUUUUUUUGUUGUUGUUUGAUGCUAAAUGUGGCGAAAUGUUGCUGUUCCUUUCAGUGUGUUCCACUUCACAAUGAAAGGACAGCAUUCUAAGUGGGAAGAAAGAUGGUGUCUCAGGCCUCCUCUGUUUUUUCAGGGAUGGUUCACUUAUGUUGACAAGGUAUCACAGCUUGACAGCCCAGCAAGAACUGAAUUUGGUAUGUGCCUGCUAAAAUUAGCAGUAUUCUGUUAUAACACUAAUGGUACGCUAUGUCUGUGUCUGCUUAGGACUAAAUGAUUUCAAUAUUUAUGAGCUCUUUAACAUUUUAUUUGGAUUGUUUUACUUGUUGCACAUUGUUGACUAAUCUCAACAUAAUAACGGUUUGUGCUCUGAUCACUUUUGAAAUAUUCUGUUCCUGUAAUCUGCAAAAUGUAAUCUGUGAUUCUGAAUAAUAACAAUUAAAAUAAUAGUCAAAAGGCUAUAAAAGAAAAUAAAAAAGACUUUGAACAUAA